CCGGGGCCGGGCUGGCGGGUGGGCAUUGCCGGCUAUAGCAAGUGGGCUUCCUCAGGGGGCCUCGGAGAACCUCGAGAGCUGGGACCCGGGCACGUCGAGCUCCCGCCACCGGGGAGGGAAGCUGGGCUGAUGAGCUGCACGCGCGAGGUCUCUGGCCAGAGGGCUGCCCCGUCGGCCCUUCACUGAGAGAGGGGACCCAGGUCUGCCUGGAGCUGGUGCUGCUGGAGGACACAAACGCUCCCUCUCUCUUCUCUUCCAAAUCGUUCUGCAAAGCCCCAGUCAUGUGCAGAGAUGGGGACUGGAAUUUGAAUUAGGGGCACCUGGGCACAGGAUCCUUUGGGGAUGGUGGUCGUGGGGAGAUUCGUCGCGGGGAGAUGGGUAGAAAUGGAAGGAGACUCCGGGAAUGAUGGGGAGUGAAAGCGGCUCACCGUAGUGAGUGGCAGGCAUGCCUGAGCCUAGGGCAGUAAGGGACCUUAGAACUGACAGCUUUGGUAGGCUGGCGGUGUGGGACAGCGGAGCCGAUGAUGGCACGAAAAGGAGACAUCUGGGGGACUGAAGUUCUUUAUGAGUGACGCUAAACUGGUUGAUUUGGGCUUCAGAGUGGGGUCGUAAGUUUAGGCUGAUUGCAUGUACAAGAGGGGAACGUUGAGGGUUUGGAAUUGCAGGGUUUACCUUGUGAAAGGAAAAGAGUGGGGAGAGUGAACCAUAUGGGUCUCUUAAAGCGUCUCUCUCAGUGCCCGAAUGGAAAAGGGUGCUUGAAACACAAAAUUGGAGUGCGAACUUGUGCAACAGCAGUCGAAAGCGCGGAUAGUCGGGUGCUUCCGGAUAGUGGAGAACUUUGGUAUUUGGAAGUGCUCUGGAGACAGGGACUUAAUCAUUGACGCGUUUUGAUUUAAAAAUGUAUGUGACACUUGAAAAUCAGCUCAGAGAAUGUAAUUUGAAUAUGGGAAACAGCUUUUGCAUACACUUUGACCUUGCCUGUUUCUUAAACACGAUUUAAAGUUACCUUGAGGAACAGCUAGAUGCAGCUUGGGGGUGCGGAUUAAUUUUCAAGAAAAGAAGUACCAGAAAAGAAUUUAAAUUUUAUAUAUAGUAGAUAUUUCCAAGUUUUUGGUAGAUUUUAAGGAAGCCUUGAACACAUUUUAAAGAAUAGUGUUAUAAAAGCAAGAAUCGUUUGAUUGAUGUCCAGCUCCGUGUGAAAGAGAAGCCAAAGGUACUUGCAGUCCAGUCCUCCUUUCUAGAGUGAAAUUUGAAGAACUACUGAAUGUAUGUACUGGAUUUAGAAAGGUUUUAUGUGCUAAAAGUUAUUCAGUUUAAAUAUUGAAGGUUGAACAGUAUCUCCUUUUGCCUUUCACGUGGCUCAUCUGUACAACAUUUACAGUCAGAGUCUGGCCUCAUUCAUGAUCCAGUUUUACAGGAAAGAAAGUGACUCAGCUUACAAUAAAUUAAAAGUUGUUAAAAUGAGCACUUGUAUUUACUAUUUCUUCAAUUGGCUUUUGGAAUUCUCUAGCUGUAGAGGCUCAACCUGAUUGAAUGUGCCUAUUGUCUUCCUGACCUAACAGUUUCCUCUCCAGCGCUUGGAAGCUGUUUGUGGACGCCACCAGAAUAGCUGAGGAUAUAGAACACCACAGGUAGAACCAUGCGUACCCUCAUAGUUUUCAUAAAUGGGAAAAAAAAAGUCCUGUCAGGAAUAAGUGCGUCCAAAUGAGUAUCUAUGAGGGAAACAGCAAUUAUGCGCCAGAAUAAAUAAUUCUGAGAGAUAGGCCAGGGCUGACCACGGUGGGCCAGGCCUGUAGUUCAGUACUCUAAAAGCUGACACCCCAGGAUGGUGAGUUCAAGACCAGUAUGGGCUGCUGCAUAGCAUUAUCCUGUCUUAAAGAAAAAAAAAAAAGAGAGAAAAAAUAGCUUUCAAAGUAACCCAGAGAUGCCGGCAUGACAGAUAAUAUAACUUUAUAUCAGCUCAUUAAUCUUCUGAUUAGAUUUUUUUUUGUAAAUAUUUUUAUUUUUAAAAGACACAGGUGUUAUGUUGUGUUUCCCAGGCUGGGCCAGAACUCCUGGCCUCAAGUGUUCUUCCUUCUUCAUCCUUGAGAGAAAUUGUAAAUGUCCUUCACCUUGCCUCCUUCCCACUCCCACCCCCUUAUAAAACCAGUAUUGCUUAAAAGUCAGUACUGAGACACUGACCGUUAUCCGGACUCCCCAGGAAAGAGACAAAAGACUCAGGUCGUGACUGGAUAACUGUUGUCUGUGAUAUUCUUAUCUAAUCUUCCAAGAACUCCAGAGAUAACUAUUUUUCAAAUACAGAAUAAUCCUUAAAUUAUAUGAUCAGGCCAGGAUUGUAUCACCAGUAAGUAACUGGUGGAGUCAGAAUUGGAAGGCAGGUAUGUUUGCUUCCUAAUUGAGGACUCCUGUAAUUACACAAGCGGUUUGAGACUUUGUAGUGGCAUUCUACUGCAGUUGAGCUCUUUGAAUAGCAUUUAUAAAUUGUGUUAUCGAUGCAUAUAUUGCUGAGAAUGAAUAUUGUUCUGAGAAAACUCAAUUUCUGACACAAAGGAAUUGCUAUAAUGCCUUGCCCUUUGCUUAUAUCCAUGUAAUGAACGUAAUUAUAUUACUCAGCGAAAUGGGCUAAAAUAGCUUGUUCCUGCUAUUGAAGAAGAAAACCUUUGGUUGUUUGGUGUAAUUGUAAGAUGCAGCAUUAAAAAGCAUUUUUAUUUUGGCAUUGGAAGGCUAUUGAACAUUUUACCCUUAAAAAUAGUUUUUAUAGUUUUUUUUUUUUUUUUUUUUUUUUGGCUGUAGAAGAUUCCAAAGGGUUGUAAUGUCUGUUAAUGACCGUAAUGCAACCUGGUUAAAGUCAACAAUAUAGAUGGGGAGAUCUAUCUCCAGUAUAGCAAUAGGUGUAUUCAAAACUAAGGCAUCGUUACUGGCCUCUUGGGAAAUUAUCUAAAUAGGAAUUCCUAAAGCUCCCAAUAUUAGUUUUCUACUUUAUAGUUUAUUUUUUUCUUAAAGGAAAUAUUCCUGCAGCUUAUUGUUAUAUAUUAUCUUCCAACUUGCUUUUUUAAAUUUAAUAUUAUAAAUCUUUUUCAUGUCAUAUCUGACAUGUUCUGACUUAUUCUAAUAGCCAUCUAAUAUUCCAAAUUAUGUAUGUAUCCUAAAUUAUUAUGUCAGUAAUAGUUUGUCUCCACAACUUCCCCACUUUUAAGUCUUGUUAUUUAUUUUCUUGAUAUUAUAAACAGUGUUGCUGGUAUCUUUAGGUGAUGUUUGAAUAGGGGGUAUGUCUGGGUCAAGGAAACAUGUUCCUUACCAGUGUUUACCCCAGAGGUUAAGGCACUGGAUGUUGCCAGAGCACACACAUGCUCAGGUUUACAUUUCUGACACUGAGGCUGUGAAACGAUGCUGUUAAGUCAACUAGUAGUUCCUUAGUUUGUAGUUAAGCCUUUUACGUUGUUUAUUGCUUUCUACUUGUUCUUGUUCAUUUGGAUAAUUUACUACUUUUUAGUUAUUUGGGUUUUUAAAUGUUAAUGUAAAUAAAUCAUUUGUUCUUUAUAUCUGCUCUUUUCUAAGUCUGCCUUUGUCUCAACUGUGGUAUAGUUUAUACAGAAAGGUUAAAACUUUACACAAAUCUUAACAAUGUAGGCAAGUAGCUUUCAUUUGAGACUUUGCUGAACCAAGGUAGUAUAGUCUCUGUACUUGAGUAGAAUACUUUAUAGUUUUUAUUUUAUAUUUGCCCUUUAAACCGUUUGUUUAUGCACAGAGAUUUACUGUGUUUUCUGAUAAAUAAUCAUUUAUGGCAAAUGUAUUCAUAAAUAAUCUGUCUUUUCUCAUGUAAACCCUGUUAUUCCUAUGCUAAAGCUUUGUGUUCUCUCAGCUCAGUUGGUUUCAUAGUCCAGUCUUUUUCAUUAACCUGAAGUUCUUUAGACAUCAGGAACAUGUGUGUGUGUGUGUGUGUGUGUGUGUGUAUGUAUGUGUGCACAUAUAUACACAUACAUAUGCAUACAUCAAGAUGUGUGAAUUUUCUAAAACUAUAUAUAGCUCUUAUCAGAUUUAUAAGGGAUGAUGUGAUUCCCUAUACUGGUUUAAAAAUAAAUCACCAAUAUUUAAUAGUUUAAGUAACCCAAGACAGAAGUUUUGAAAACCAUGCGCUUCCAGGUCAGAUUCUUGGAUGCUGCUACGCUGCUGUGAUAAACACUUGCACACCACGGGUCACUUUUUGAAUGCAAGCACACUGAAAGCUUAGGCUCAGCUCCAAGCGAUUACUCAUGGUACAUAGGAACCCGUAAGGAAUUUAGGUAGAGAUUUGGGUUCUCUCUCUUAAGUUACCUCUGUAAACAUUCCAAAGUCAGAGAAACACUUGGGGUUCUGAGUUUGUGUUUCGGCCUGUAGAUAUUAGCUGGUAAAUAAAGCAAGCAUAGUUUUAAUAGUCAUGUUGACAGCCUUUGGCUCAUUGUUGACAUGUGCAAGAUAAGGACCAUAGUUAUGAAGAGCUUUCUCUGGGAAGUUACGCUUGAAAACGUUAUUCUGAAAAAAUGCAUUCCUGAUUGUCUGGCUAGAUGGUUAUGUUCAAGAUGGUGUGGUUGUAGAUCAUAUACCUAAUUUUCUAACAAAUGUGAAAGAAUAGAAGCGAAAAUUAAUGUAGCCGUGACUCAGAACUGUAGCCUGCUGGGCAUGGUGGCACACGCCUUUAAUUCCAGCACUUGGGAGGCAGAGGCAGGUGGAUUUCUGAGUUCGAGGCCAGCCUAGUCUACAGAGUGAGUUCCAGGACAGCCAGAGCUACACAGAGAAACCCUGACUCAAAAAACCAAAAAAAAAAAAAGAAGUUGCUGUUUGUGAAGAAUAGCUAGGACUCUCAGGAGUGUGCCCAUUGCUGGUGAUGACUGAUGGAACAGGGUCACAAAAGCUGCUUUUCCUACAGAAUCAGAGAGUUAAGACCUUCUUCCUAUAGGGCGUAAACAUUUUAAAUAGCAUAUGUGAGUCACACAUUUAUGAAGCCACUCUGGGCUUAUGGAUGUGUGAGGGUAUGGUCCUUUGAGUGAGGAACAUGGUUCCAUGUAAAUUACGCAGUUGUUGACUUUGGUGAAAAUUGUUAAGUACUGUUGUCUCAAAAUUCUACCGAAGAACUAAUUCCAGGGUCACCGCUGAGACUGCUGUUUUGGGAUUUGGUAGUUUUCGAGAAAUGCUUGAAACUAUGCAGAUGCCACCUGUAGGCAAAUGGAGCAGUAGCUACAGGUGAGAGGUCUUGAUUAUCAGGUUAGCAGGGAAACAGGAAAUUUUAGAAAUGCUGGUUUGAUGCGUCACUUACCGAAUCUUGCUGAAGAUGGCCGGAAACAUCACUUGAAGUAGCUGAUCGCAUGGUAAUUCCAGGUGGUCUGUUUCUCGUCCUGGUAAGCUUUCUAAUAGUUCUGUUUAGCAUGUAGUAAGACCAGGUUGAUAACAAAUAUCCAAACACUGUUCUCUGGGAAGCACUUCACAAGAGCGGAUGUUCAGAAGAAUUUGAUAGGGUUCACAAUAACUUCAUUAUUCACUGUUUUCUCUCCACCCACCAGCGCCUGUAGUCAACGCCCUCUUUUCUGCCUGUUAACUACAAGUCAGUGCUCCAGUUGGGUCACGUGUGCAUCUGAUCCCACCCUCCAUGUCUCAGGACACAGUUCUAGAAGUUUUCUGUUGUACUGUCGUAAUCAUGCACCCACCCCCCGCCCCCCGCCCCUGCCAUUCUUCUGGAUUCUUUGUGAACAUAUUUCUCUCCAAGCCCCAAAUUAGAAACCACCCAGCUAACCCUUAUUCCACAACCCUGCUCCCCUUCCCAGAACUCUGUAGAACUCUCUUUAGGUACAGUCGUCACCGUGGCAUUUCCUGAAUGCUGUUACCGUUUGUGUCUUCAUCUUAGCAUGUCAACAGAAUUGGAUACAAUUCUGGAUACAUGCUUCAUAGGCAUUGUUUAUUGGGGCCCAAGACGCACACUGUUAGUUGUGUGGGCCUCCAUUUCUGUCUCCGGGCCCCCUUUCUUCCUACUCGGUUUUGAGAGCUUUCUGAUUCUCUCUCAGCUGGUGCUUUAUAUGUUGACAGUUUAUAAAUGCAGUAAUGCUCUUAGCUCAGGCCUAUUUUCUAGGCAUUAGACUUACAUAAUUCAGCUUCAUUGACAUUUUAGUGGAAGGGGGGGUUAACAGACUUUUCAAAUUCAUUAUCUCCAGAACUGAUCAUCUGAUCUUUCUGUCCCUGUGUCACCCAAACUCAGUUUCUUUCCUUCUCAUUUUGACGAAAGCCCCAUCCCUUAAGAUUCUCAGGUUUCCUGGGACCUUUGCUUUUUCUCUGCAUCUAAUGUAUCAGAAAUGUCACAUUAGGGCUGGUGAGAUGGCUCAGUGGGUAAAAGCACCCGACUGCUCUUUCGAAGGUCCAGAGUUCAAAUCCCAGCAACCACAUGGUGGCUCACAACCAUCCGUAACAAGAUCUGACUCCCUCUUCUGGAGUGUCUGAAGACAGCUACAGUGUACUUACAUAUAAUAAUAAAUAAAUCUUUAAAAAAAAAAAGAAAUGUCACAUUAGCUUCACUUUAAAGUACUUGUAGACUGAGCCUGAUGUCUGUCACUUUACCGUUUCCGCCCUAUUUAAAGAUGCUGUCGGCUCUCCUCUGGAUCACUGCUCUGUUUUCACUCAUCUCUGCUUUUACACAGAGCCCUUCCCAGCUCAGUACAACAUAAAUAAAUGAGACAAAUCUUUACCUUUUAAAGGCAGGGUCUCAUGUAGCCCAGGCCAGCAUCAAACUCAUCAUAUAGCCAAAUAUAAGAAUAGCCUUGAACUUGGGAUCCUCUGCUUCUACCAGGGAUUGCAGAAUGUCCCCCAAGUCCAGAUCUAUACAGUACCAGGAAUCAAAUAAUCAGACCUAGGGCUUCCUGUGAUCAAGGCAGUCUACCAACUGAGUCCAUCCCCAGCCUGAAAUUUGAGUUAAAUCUUGUCAUGCAGAACAGGAGAAGAUAUUCGCAAAACAUAUAUCUGAUAAGGGUUAGUGUCUAAGAUGUUUAAGGAACUCAGCUCAGUAGUAAGAAAUAAUCAGAAUUAAGUGAUCUGAGAAGAUAUUUCUCAAAAGAAAAUUACCAAUUCUUAACAUAUGCAAGAGCACUCAGUAUUAUUAAUUGCCAGGGAAAUAUGAAAUGAGAUGCUACCCACAUCCCUUAGAAAGACUGCUAAUGGAAAGGUGGAAAACAACAAGUGUUGGGAAAUCGUGGAUCAAGGAAAACCUUUAUGUUGGUGAUGGAAAUGCAAAUUAAUAUACCAGUAUUGAAAAUGGGCUCAGCCGGGUGAGGUGGCACACGCCUUUAAUCCCAGCACUUGGGAGGCAGAGGCAGGCGGAUUUCUGAGUUCGAGGCCAGCCUGGUCUAAAGAGUGAGUUCCAGGACAGCCAGGGCUACAUAGAGAAACCCUGUCUCGAAAACCAAAGAGAGAGAGAGAGAGAAGAAAAAAGAAAAUGGGCUUAUCAAAGAAUGAAACCAGGAACUGCCUUGUAAUCCAGUCCACCAUCGCUUCUAGGUUCCUAGAAAAUGAAGUCAGUGUGUCAAAAAGGUUUCUGCAUCAUCCUGGCUAUUGCAGAGUCAUUUUACAGCAGCAGACAUAAGCAGUCAACCUUAGGGUCCAUGGAUGGAUGGAUAAAAACACAUUGUCACACAUGCACAAUUGAGUGCUACUUAGCCACGAAAAGAAAGCAAGCGUGGCGUUUGCUCCUGCACACAGGAAGAAAUGAGGUUAGGUCGGAUAAGCCAAGCACAGCAGGCAAGCACUGCAUGAUCCCGAGUAUGUGUGGGAUCUGAGAAAGCUGAACUCCAGGAGAGCAGAGGGUGGAUUGGAGGUUCCCAGGACUGGAGUGUGAGAGGUAAGGGCUGGGGAUAGAGUUAGAGAACAGAAGUGUCUGUGGUAGCUCUGUCAGUUCCUUUUCCUGUCGCUGUCAUAGAAGCAGCACAAGGGAAGCGCUCACUGCUGGCUCACAGUCCGAGGCACCGUUCAUCGUGACGUGGAGGCAGCCGAUCACACCCACAGCCAGGAGACAGCCACGAGUGCUGUUGCUCAGGUUGCCCUCUCCUCACCCUGUCCGGGGUUCCUCAAGGAAUAGUAUUCCUCACAGCGAUGGCCCUAAUCUAGAUCGUCACUCACAGGCAGCUCAGAAACUAGCGGAAUCCAGGCGGCCCCGCCGGGCGGAGGCUGAUUUAAUCUACAUGAUCCCUGCUCUGAUGCCUUGGUCCUGGUGAUUCUUGAUCCGAUCAAGCUGACCGUAGUGACUAUAACCCUGUGACUAUAAUGAAUGGCAGUGUAUUGUAUACUUACAAAUUUGGUAAUAACCCAAGUAGGUCAUAACAGAAAAUAAGUGUGAAGUAUGGCAUGCGGUUUGGUGGCUUGAGUUAGCAGUUUUACAAUGCUUUGAACAAAAAAUGUAGAGUUGCACUUACCAAUUUAAAAUGUACUGUAAGCCCCAGAUAUGUUAGUGUGUAUCUGUAAUCCCGUUUGCUCGGGAUGCUGACCCAAGAGGCUUGCUUAGGAUGUGUUUAAGGCCAGCGUGGGUGACCCAGAGAAACUCGGACUCAGAAUGCGUUAGACGAGGACAAUUUUCAAAGAAAAUGAUAAACUUUCUCGGUGUGCAAGUGAGUGUGAGGAAGUUUAUUCUGUUACAAGUGGUGAGUGCUCUCCGUGUCUGUGGUGCUAUUCAGGCCUCCUUGACUUGUGUUUUUCUUUCUGCUUAAUUUGCCCUGUCCGAUUUUGAAUUCUUUUUGGUGGUUGUGGAUAGCUGUCUCUUCUUUCAGUUCAUUUUGCUUAAUCUAUUUUGAGGUACUGCGAUGAGGAGUGUAAAUGUCUAAGGAUCGUGUCUUUGUAGCCAGCCUCUUUCAGUCUGAGUAACUCCAUCCUUGUUAAUAUCCUUUGCUCUGGGACAAGUGUGUGUGUUGGAGAAGCCAUUCCCGAGCAACAGCAUUGGGGGUAGUGUGCUCCUGCUACCCCUCACCAGGCUGGCACCAGGCGGCUCCUGGAUUUUGAGCUUCCCAGACUUCACGAGUUUGAGGAAGUAAGAUUUCCUUUAGAGAUUAUCCAAUCUCGGGGGUUUUGUUGUAACAACACAAAUUGGUCCAAGUCAGUCGUGUACUUUGUGUGAUGUUAAUGUAGAUGCUUUUCUUUCGAUGGGCGUCAGUAUGGUGUGUUUCUUCGUCUUGUCAUUGGAAGCCAGAGGGUGCCAUGGGACGUCUGGAUCAUUUGCUUCUCAACAUUUUUUAAAUCCUUCUUUUCAUAUGUUUGAGUAUGUAGUGUCGAGCCUGUGUGUAUUCAUAUGUGUAUGUGGAUGCGUGGGUGCACGUUUGUGUACAGGAGCAUGUUUAGGUUGUGUGUGUGUGUGUGUGUGUUCAUGUGGGCGUCCAGGGUUAAUAUUAAGAUCCGCCCUUCUAUAGGCUAUUGCUUCUUUUGAGUCAGGUUCUCUUAGUCCUGGGGCUCACAGAUUCAGCUGGUUUUACCACCUAGCACUAAAAACAUCCCAUCCUUUCACUUUGGAGGCUGGAAUUACAGGUGGACCACGGUGCCUACCAGGAUUCCCAUGGGUUCUGGUGAUCUGAACUCUGCUCUGCUUGCUUGAGCCAUUUCCCCGUGCCUCCGCCUUAGUUUUGGAGAUAGGAUUUGUAGUAGUCAGGGUUCUCUAGAGGAGCAGAGCUGAGAGAAUGUGUCUGUGUGUAUACACACACACAUACAUACAUACAUGCAUAUAUACAGAUACAUGUAUAUGGAUAAUACAUAUAUACAUGUAUUAAAAAGGGAUAUAUUAGAGUGGCUUACAGGCUGUGAUCUCCCUAGUGCAACAAUGGCCGUCUCCCCAUGGAAGAGACACGAAUCCAAUGGUUGUUCAGUAUAUCUUGGAAUCCUAAUGAAGUAGAUUCUGAUACCAGCAAAGGAAUACCUCAGCGGCAAGGUAGAUGAGCUUGCCGACAGAGCGAGGCAAGCAGUCAUGCUCUAGAAGCUUCCUUCUAGAAGCUUGUUCUAGAAGCUUCCUUCAUCACGUCUUGUUUGUGGGCUGCUACCAGAAGGUGUGGCCCAGAUUUAGGAUGGGUCUUCUACCACAAAUGAUCCAAUCAAGAAGCCCCUCAUGGUGGUGCCCAGCUGCUUGCGAUAGCUGACUCCAGAUGUGGUCAAGCUGACAGCCAAGAUUACACAUCACAGGGUGCCUCAGUGAGCCUGUAGGUUUAUGAGUUGCUACUCUGUCUAACCAGUGAGCCCUGGGGCUCUGCCUGUCUUCCUUCCCAGUUCUGGGCCCUUGAGAUGUCUGUGGCUACACGAUCCUUUAAUCUGGGUACUGGGAUUCAAACUCAGGUCUUCCUGCUUUCUCAGUAAGCACUUUUCCUUUGAUACAUCUUAGACACUUAAAGAUUGGUUGUAGGCAGCAUAUAGUUGAAUUUUGAAUCUAAUUUUACAAUCUCCUCUGUAAGUGGAGUGUUUAAAGCAUUUGCUUUUGAUGUAAUUCUUGAUGUUGUUGCCUUUAAAUCUCUGAAUUGCCUUUGGUUUCUUUGUUCCAUCUGUUCUUUUACUUUUUCUGCUUUUAGGCUGAAAGCUGCUCUCCCUUCCCCCAUUUUUUCUCAUUGAGUGAGACACUAGCACUGCUUUGUGCGUGUGAAUGUGGUUUCUUUAUGAAUUAUGGUAUAAUAUGUACCAUAAAGUUUGUUAAAAUUCUUAAUACAUCUGCAGUACAUUAUUUUUGCUUUAUGUAGCCGAUUAUAUUUUAUGAAGACGCAAACAUUCUCAGGCGUUUUAAGUUUCACGUGUGUGUUUACUGUCUGUGGUAUCUCUGAUUCCUCUGUGUUCAUGCAGAUUUUCAUUUUUCUUUCAUCCUAUGAGAUUUCUAUAUCAUUACUUAUACCGAAGAAUCUGGUCUGAAUUCUUUUCAUUUUCGUAUGUCUAUAAAAGCAUUCACUGCCUUAAUGGUUGAAAACAUUUUUGCUGAGUACAGAGGUCAACAUUAAUAUGUCUUGUCAGAGCUUUGAAGAUUUGGUUCCACGGUCUCAGCUAUGAUUUGUGUUUUUGUUCCACUGUAUGUAAUACAUUGCUUUCUCAUGUUCGGGGCUUGUGUGGUUUCUCACUCGGUUUUAAGUGAUUUGAUUAUCAUGGCCCUUGCUGUUGCUCCCUGUGGUUCAGCUAUGAAAUAGUCUCCCCUAGCCAUGUGUUGAGGACUUGGUACCCAGGGCUGAGUUUAGUUAGAGGUGUGGCUUCUGGGGAGUGUUUAGAUCACGAGUUCUCUGCCAGACACGUAGAGUGGUUAGUCCACUGGUGGUUUCAGUUUGAUGGCUGCAUUGGAGGUGCUGGGAGCCAGGACACCAGGCUUCUUGGGGCAUGUGCACUCGGGGUGGGGAGUUAGUGUGAGCCUUCAGAGGUUGACCUUGUUCUGGCUCUCCCCUCUGUAUCUCUGUGCCAUGGCUAUUGUGAGGUGCCCAGCCUUGCUUUCCCGUGCCUGCACUUUAAUGUGCUUCAGUGCAGGCCAGGAGAGCGGAGUUAGCCAGCCAUAGGCUUCAAUGUCUAAAGCCUGAGCCAAAAACUUGUCUCUUCUAGUUUGUUUUUCUCAGAUGUUUUCACAGGAUGCAGAGUUGACUAAGACCCUUGGGGUUUUCGGACUUUUUUGGACAUAUGAAUUUAUAGUUGAUAUUAUGCUUGCAUAUUAGGGCUGUUAUUCUUCAAAUGGGUUUUCUGUGUUCUUUUCCUUCUCCUUCAGAAACUCAUAUGUGUGUUGUGUUGCGUGGACUUGUCCAGAACUCAGUGAUGUCUUCGCAUUUCCCCAGACGUUUUCAUAUUUGUUCUUUUAAAUUGCUUUGGUAUUGUCUUCUGUACUGUAGAAUCGGCCUUUUUCCCAGGCAGUACGCCCUUCUCCCUACCAAUCCUAAAAGUUCAGUUUGGAUGUUUAAUAAAUUGUUUUCUGUCUACAGCCUUAAGAUGUGCUCACUUUCCUGUCUUUUCUUUAACAAACGGAACGUUGUUAUCAUUCUUCUGUUUCCUUGUUUAUUAAAUCUGCCUUCCCUGUCAUCUCUGAGGUUCUUUUUAUGGACUGGCGUUUCUGUUUCUUAUGAACAAGACUUUCUUACCUCUAUCCAAACUAUCCCAAUGAUUUUUAACUGGGAGCCUGGCAUUGUGAAUUGUCUUCUGUUAUAUAUUGCAUAUUUCCAUAUUUUUGUAAAUACUCCUAAGCUGCAUUUGGGGGCAUGUUCAAGUUAUCUAGAAACAAUCGAUUUUUUGUUUGUUUGUUUGCUUGUUUGUUUCUUUUGGUUGUGUACAGGGGAUUACUGUAGCCUUUAAUUUACAGCUGACUCUGCCCUGAGCAAAGGCAGUAUCUUUGUUACCUCCUCAGGAUUCUCUGUAAUGUUCUGUGCAUUGCAAGAGUUUCCCGUGUAGCCCACGGGAGCAUUGGUUAAGACCUUCACCCGGGUCUUGAAUGCUUCGUUAGUUUCUUCUCAGCCUUACACUGCCCGGCUCUUUGCUCAUUCUGAACUGUGUCCUCCUUAGUACUCUGACCAGCAGACUCACUGCCACGGUUUCCCUGCGCUCCACCUCCAGCCAACCCCUCCCGCUUCUUCUUUAGCUGAAAGUCACUCGGCGGGAGUGAUUUGCCACAAAGCACUGCAUGCUUUUACCUAGAUGGCUUUCCCGGUGUACCUGCAGAGGAAAUGAGUGGGACCCCUGGAAUCUGGGAAGAUGGGCAGGAGAUGACCUGUAAGUCAGAAGUCAGGCUUUCCUUGUGACCCAGCCCAGUAAGGGAGAUGCUGCCGAUGUGAAAGGGCAAUUGCAAGGCACGAAGUCCGAGAAAUUGAACAGCGCCAUACAAUGGAUGGCCCUCGGCAGGAUGCAACUCUGGAUGAAGAAGAAGACAUAAUCAUCAUUUAUAACAGAGUGCCCAAAACUGCAAGCACCUCGUUCACCAAUAUAGCCUACGACCUGUGUGCAAAGAAUAGAUACCAUGUUCUUCACAUCAACACUACCAAAAAUAACCCAGUAAUGUCAUUGCAAGAUCAGGUGCGCUUUGUGAAGAACAUAACCACCUGGAACGAGAUGAAGCCAGGCUUCUAUCACGGACACAUCUCUUACUUGGAUUUUGCAAAAUUCGGUGUGAAGAAGAAACCAAUUUAUAUCAAUGUCAUCAGGGACCCUAUUGAGAGGCUAGUUUCCUACUAUUACUUCCUGAGGUUUGGAGAUGAUUACAGACCAGGAUUAAGGAGACGGAAACAAGGAGACAAAAAGACCUUCGAUGAAUGUGUGGCUGAGGGCGGCUCCGACUGUGCUCCAGAGAAGCUCUGGCUUCAGAUCCCGUUCUUCUGUGGCCACAGCUCAGAAUGCUGGAAUGUAGGGAGCAGAUGGGCCAUGGACCAGGCUAAGUCUAACCUCAUUAAUGAGUACUUCCUGGUGGGAGUCACCGAGGAGCUCGAGGACUUCAUCAUGCUGCUCGAGGCAGCUUUGCCCCGAUUCUUCCGGGGCGCUACCGACCUCUACCGUACAGUAGGAAAGAAAUCUCACCUUAGGAAAACCACAGAGAAGAAGCUGCCCACCAAGCAGACUAUCGCGAAGCUGCAGCAGUCUGACAUUUGGAAGAUGGAGAAUGAGUUCUAUGAGUUUGCUCUGGAGCAGUUCCAGUUCAUCCGAGCUCACGCUGUCCGCGAGAAAGACGGAGACCUCUACAUCCUGGCCCAGAACUUUUUCUACGAAAAGAUUUACCCUAAGUCGAACUGAGCGCAGGUGUGGCCAGAGCACUCCUGCCCCGGAACUUGACUGUGUCACCACCCUUCUCAGCCCCCUGCUGAUGCGUGUGCGAGCUGUGAGCCACGCUGAGCUGGGGACAGACAUGAAUGUCAAGGAGUGAGAUGCUGGCGGGCUGGCGGAGUCCUGUGGAGUUUUUAACUUUCUGGCAUUUUUACUUUUUUGUUGUUUUAUUUUCGUUUUCAUGAUAGUUAUAAUCUUCUCCUGGUGCAGGGACAUGGGGACUUACAUUGCCUAAAAUACACACAUGGACGUUUAGUCAGAUGGCUGAAUACCAUUUCAGAAGAGGUUUGCAUAAGCAUUUCUUUGCCUCUCCUUGAAUGAAGAGGAGUCUGUUUGCCACUUACCCUUCUGGAGUUUGUGCCGCCACCUCUGCUGGAUAGUGCUAAAAUAUGUUUGGCAGUAUCUGAUUUAUUUGUAUGAAUCAUGUCUCACAAAGUUUAUUAGAAUGUUUGAUCGUGUUUUCCCAGAACAUUUCUGCUACAGUUGGGUUUGCCCAUAUUUAUGUAGGCUUUAUUUUAUUUUAUUUGAUGAUCAUUAGUGUUAAAGAAAUCAACUUAAACCAUGAAUAAUACUGUAAGAAGGUAAAAAGUUAAAGCAGUAUUCCUGACUCCUGUCACCCCAGUAUCCAAUAUUGGAAUGAUAUUUCUAAGAAUGUGGACAUUAUCUGAGGCUUUCUUAAGGAUUUCCACAUAUCAAUAUCAAAAAAUUGAGUUUAAUACUUGUUCCUUCAUGGCGUAUCUGUACCCCUGAACACUGGCAUAUUGGUGACCGCACAUGGCGACUCCAUCAGUGAGCUGUGAUGUGGGUAGGAUUUGCCUACUCUGUACUUUUACCUGUAGACUAUUUUUACUACGGUGCUUUAUAAUGUGUUUUAAAGCAUUGCAUUUACAAAAGGAAAGUGCUGUAAAUAUUGCAUAUUUUAUGUAUUUGGACCAAAAAGUUACAAGUAAGUAGACAACAGUGGUGUUGCACCCGUUUUAUUAUGUCGAGUAAAGUCGUCAGACCUCCUAUCCUAUUCUGGUAUUUCUCGUUUAACGUUACUGUUAGGAUGUCACUAAAAUGAGCUAACGUAGCCUUUCAAGUUUGAUAGAGAACAGUGCUCACCCCUGAGGCAGUAGUGGUCAUAGAAAAGGUCGUAGAGUCUGAGGGUUCCAUCUCUGGUUCCAGCUCUGCUGUCACCUUCCUGCUGUGUGACGUUAGGAAGUCACCUGACCUCCCUGCCUCAGCUUCCUCAUCUUGAUAUCAGGACACUAAGACCUUCUCUCCCUGCCUCACAGGGAUGUUGUGAGGACUAAGGAAGAUGGCAUGGCGAAGAGCACUUUAAAACUGUGGCGUGGUGUUCAAAUGUGAGGUGUUGUCACAGAAGUAUCUCUAGCUGAUAGUUUCAUAGUCUCUAUUUUAGCAACAAAAAGGGAAAAUCCACUUUUAAGCUUUAUGAGAAAAAAAACCCCUUCCUCUUGAUAUAAAUUUGUGUUUGAUAAAUAUCUUCUCAGUGUUUUAUCUUCUGUGCUUAAGCAACUAUUGAAGUGUGAACGGCUUAUGCACUCGAGAGACUCAGACCGUCACUAGCUGAGGAGCAGGAAAGCCUUCUAUAAACUUGAAGGAUGUUCUUGUUUGUAUCUAACUUUGUCAUCCGAAAAUGGUGGCUAUUUUACACUUGUGCUUGUUAAAGUGUCCUUUGUAGAAUUUAAUUUCUCUAUUAAUUCUUCACCUACUCCCUCUUUACAGCCAGGAUUCAGAUUCCUCUCAGACACACUUUUCUAAAGGAGUAAUUAUUUGUAUCUUUAAAUGUUUCUAAACAGGACCUCAUCAAACAAAGCAUUUUCAACAGAAGACUUUAAAGUAUUUAUUGUGUAAUAGGAGGAGUGAAGGACACUGUAUAUCAGAAAGCACUUAGGAAGAUUAAAGGAACGACUGAGUCACAGGCUCCGCCGAGAUGAAAGUAUUAGGGGAACAUAGCAACGUUUCCCUUCCCCCUCCGUCCUUUCCAGUGCAAGUUUCUAGGUCCUGCUAAAAGCAAGUUGUUUUCUUGUCCAGGCAGGCAUCUGGCUGUUGAGUAAAUCUGAGGUUAUUCUUGAGAGUUCGCACUAAACUCUUAGGUAGUUAAGGCAGCACUUAGAACACUAACUGGGACUUUCCCUAAACUGUCCUCAUAAAAGACCAGGUAAUGAGUCAGGUCUCUGUACAGCUCUUACUGUUGGAAAGUCGCUGUCACAGACAGGAGAGGCAAAGGGCCGUGGUUAGAGCUUAGCAAAACCUUUAUUUACAGAACAGAAGGCAUACUAGAUAUGAACCAUGAGCCGCAAGCCCUCGCUCACCCUGUGAGGGAUUGUCAUGGAGAAGCCCUGUCUGUGUCCGGACCACGUUCCCCAAAGAGUUCCUCUACCUCCCAUGUCUCCCAGAUCGUGACCCCAAGGACUGCUUUCUGACUCAGUCCCUCCCCAGCUUCCUUCUGUCUUACCUUGCUGUCAGGUGACUCGUUUUCCUAGCUCACCUGUACAGAUUCGGGACAUUUCUUUUAUCGCUUUUUGGAGCGAAUGGAUUCCAAGUGUCCUUUCUGGAGACUAAGAAAAGGGUGGGCUUGCUUCUCUAAGAGUCCUGGGAGCCUGAGUCCUUAGAACAUAUAACUGUGUAAUCAAAUGAAUAGAACCACUGAGACAAUGUGUAUUUUUUACAUGUGGCAAAUGCUUUUCUUUUUUUGGCCUUUGUGCUUUUUCAGUAAUUUGACCUUAGAAAAAAAUGGUUUUUAUAUGAUAGUAAAGCAAAAUAACCACUUUGAAUUUUAACGAUAAUGUCAAUGUGUGUGUGUGUCUAUGUUUAUUUCCUACAGAAGAAGAGGUAGCUUUGUGUGUUCAGCUUGUACCAACCGUCUUCUUAUUGCUGAGAAAUGGCCACUAUUGAUAAACCUUUCUGUUUUAAAAUGUAGUGGGGAGGUUAUGUUUUGAUCUCCUCUGGCUUUAAUUUCUAGUGUCACUUGAAUAUAUCUGGUAGCAAACCUUGAAGCACCGCAUAGGAGCUGCUUCUGUGUCCCCUGAUAGUCACACAGUCCCUAACAUCCGCUGCUUCUGGCCUCCUGAGCAUUGGAUUUAAAUAUCCAAAACCCUCAAAACUCCAAGUUGCCAGCUUUUUAAACACUUGCUUUUCCCUUCUGUGCUGAAAAUCCAGAUAGCACCUAUAAUUUGGACUCUAUUGAUCUUCCUCAUUAUGUGUCCUGUUGGAAACCCCUAAAAUUGUCUGCUCCAUCAGGGAACUUACCAGAGUAUUUUGAUGUUGUAUUUGCAUAGAUGGAUAUGAAAUAGUUUAUAGAUGACAAUUCUCUUUUUUGAAUAAAAUGAAAUUUUUGAAAAAUCUAAAAGUACUAGAGAACUUAUCUAAAGCCCAGUUCCCUAAUGCAUAGCUAGUGUUUUAAUUUAUGUUAAAAUUCUGCUCAGAGACCAUCUGUGUAAGUCAUCUUGCCAGCUUUGCCAGCCAUCAUUUUCAAACAUAGCUAUGGUCCCAGGAGCCUUUAUUAUGGGAGUAUCUGGAACCUAAGACUUCUAUGAAACUUGUGUUUUAGGAACUCAAAUGCUUCUGCUUCGUGACAUACUAGUGCCAUUGCUGUCAAGUCUUCGCAUCGUUGUACCUUGGACAGAGUUGCUUUGUGCAGGGGGUGUGGGCUGGGGGAGUACAGACAGACUGCUCUGCGGGCAGUCUUCUGAGAGGAAAGACAUUCAAGGGGCUGGGUGGCCAUCUGGUCACAUUCAUCCUAUACUUUAAUGCCAUGUGGCUUGAUGACCUUUGCAGUGCUAUUUCUGGAAUGGACCCUGAUUGUUAUGACCUGUUAAAGGUGAACUCUCGAGCCAUGUAGACAUGCUGUUACAGCCUGUCCAGAGUGAGGUCAUGGGAGCAGCUCUAAGUCAGGGUCCAAUGUAGCUUAGAGACACAUACAUGGUGAAUGGCGGCUUUAGCUAAUCAUGCCCACCCCUUCCCUGCCCUCUGUCCCCUUUCCCCUCUCCUCCCCUCUCCCUGCCCUCUCUACCCACCGCUGUCAUUUAUGCUACACUGACCAACUUAAAACGACUUUGUCACAUCCCUUAGAGAGACAGUCACCCCCUUUCCUCAGCAUUCUUACAACGCUGUGCCGCUUAAGUGUUCCUGUCUGAUACCUGGAAGAAAAGCUAUACAAUCAACACUGCAGGAAGAGGGAAUGUGGCUCCACGGCUGCGUGUCCUCGUGGAACGUUUUCUUCUGCUGCUUUGAUGCUAAGGUGACUUGGUGUUUGGUGUCACCUGAGAGCUCAGAUACUGUCACCAGAAAGCCCUGGGUCAUCACCCAUCUACAGAGCUUUGCUAGCUUAAUUUUUGACAAGUUUGUAUGCGUUUUGUCUUUGGUUGCCUUGUGUUUAUUAGUCAUCGGUGUUGACAUUUCAAAUUGGAGAUAUAUAAGGUAUACUUAGGCAUUCAGUUAGCAAGAGGAAGAAAUAAAAUGGGAGCAGGCUGUUGGGAUAAGAGGAUGGGGUGUGCAGGCCUGGUUAGCACUUGGAGCUCUCUGUCUUCAGGGCAGCCCAUGGCCCUUACAUCCUGAGAACAACAGCAGCGCCACCGCAGAGAUCGCCACAAGUUCAGCAUUUUGUUGGUUUUUUAAAGAUUUAUUAACUUUAGACUUUCUCUGGGUCUGAAGCCAUUCUGGUCAGUAGAGUAAGUUCCAGGACUACAUAGUGAAACUCUGUCUUUAAGAAAAAUCAAAACCAAGAAAUAAAUUUUACUAAUUUUG